ACUCGGGGAAAAUUAUACAAGAGGCGAACAAGGCACAGCUUCUCGGCGCGCUUCGAUGGCGAUAACAGCAGCAGCAGCAUCGUCUUCCAUGGCCGUGAUGGUUCCACGUGUUGCCGUCGUCUCCGUUCGCUGCUCCGCCGUCCCUUACCUGCCUCCGCUGCCUCCUCGAUCCUUCGGACGGUCAUCUUUCGCUACCCCGUCGAAGCUUGUUUCAGGAAAUGGGUUGCAGAAGCUUCCAUUGAUGCAAACCAGAGCAUCUUCUUCAGAAGAGACAUCAACAUCGAUUGAUACUAAUGAGCUCUUCACAGAUUUGAAGGAGAAGUGGGAUGCUCUCGAGAACAAGUCGACUGUGAUUCUGUAUGGAGGAGGAGCCAUUGUCGCUGUCUGGUUAUCUUCCAUUGUCGUGGGAGCCAUAAACUCCGUUCCACUGCUUCCGAAGAUUAUGGAGCUGGUCGGGCUUGGCUACACGGGGUGGUUCGUCUACAGAUACCUUCUCUUUAAGUCAAGCAGGAAGGAACUUGCUGAGGACAUCGAGUCCUUGAAGAAGAAAAUUGCAGGGACCGAAUAGAUCCACAACCAGCAGACGGGUUUUCAGUUCUCAGGCAGAGGAUCCUUCUUUAUCCCGUGAUGUAAUGUUAUAUAUACAAUCUUUCUUUUUUCGCAGCUCAGACAUUGUAUCUGUUAGAUUCAUCUCUGAAACAAACGCCGUACCAAUCUCUCUUUCUGCCAAAGAAUGUAUCGAGAUUUUGGUAAC